AUGAGCAGCUGGGUUGCAGCAAAACCAUUGCACCUCACUAUACCCUUGGAUUUCUCUUCUGAGUCUGAAACCAGCACAGCCAAUGUUAUCCUCAGUGUGUGCCGAAGUCCAAGGACAAGGUCCCAGACAUUGGACUUAAGCAACAAUAGCACAGUAACAGAGUUGAUCCUUGUGGGAUUUGAGCAGAGUUCCCCUUCCACUUGGGCAUUGCUCUUCACCCUCUUCCUAGCCCUCUAUAGCCUUGCCAUGGCCAUGAAUGGCCUCAUCAUCUUCAUCAUGUGGACAGACCCCAGACUCAAUAGCCAAAUGUACUUCUUCCUUGGCCACCUGUCAUUCCUGGAUAUCUGCUUCAUCACCACCACCAUCCCACAGAUACUGGUCCACCAGGUAAUCUGUCUCCUUUGACUCUUGAAUGGAGACACUGUCUCCUUUGUCUCUUGAGUGGCCCAGAUGUAUUUGGUCUUCUUCAUGGGUGUGGACGAGUGCAUCCUUUUGGCUUUUAUGGCUUAUGACCAUUAUGUUAUUAUCUUCCACCAACUUAACUAUGCCCAGAUCAUGAGUCACCAGGUCUGUGUAGUCUGUGGGUCUUUUCUAGACUUUUGGGCUAUAAAUGGCAUCUUUCUUGAGUACAUGUCAUUCCGGAAUUCCUUUUGCAAAGACAACCAUAUUGAAAACUUCUUCUGUGAGGCUCCCAUAUUGAUUGCCCUCUCCUGUGGGGACACUCGGGUCAGCAUGAAGUUCAUCUUUGCCGAUGCCACUGUGGUGCUGCUUAGUCCCAUGGUGCUCAUUAUCACCUCCUAUGCCUGCAUCCUGGUCUCCAUCCUCUGCAGAGCCUCCUCCUCAAGUCUGGGGAAGCCCUUCUCCACUUGUGCCUUCCAACUAACUGUGGUCAUCUGUUUCUACACCUCGGCUAUGUUCUCAUACAUGAAUCCCUGCAGCACAAGUGGGCCUGACAAAGACAAGCCUUUGUCCCUCCUCUACACCAUAAUCACCCCCAUGUGCAACCCCAUCAUUUACAGUUUCCACAACAAGAAAAUGAAGGGUGCCAUGAGGAGGGCCUGUGGGAGAACCAGCCUGGCCCAGGUAGUCUGUCUAGCAGGAAGGCCCCUGGAGAAGAAGCUCCCUCUUCUGGGGUGGGAAAGGUUGCCUCUUUCCCAGCCUUGA